UAUUUUAAUAUCAACUGCAUUGAUUUGAAAUGUUUAUCAACUAUUUUUGUAAUAUUUUGAAACAGUUUUAAGUGUUUAAUGGUUACAUGUACGUUAUGCCACAUGAACAUCUGUUUGUUUUGAAAGGCUCGAAUCUAUGCAUAGAGAGGUAACUAAGACGUUCGGCUUGUAGAGAAAUUUGUAUUUUCACACUGAGGGAGCAUUGAGUUCAAGUAGUUGUGCUGGAUAUAUAUCCAUUGUGUUGUUGCUGCAACGUCUCUCUGCAAUGAGAUGCGGCACUAAGGCAUUCUAACGUCGGAAACACCAGCCGCUCGUACAGCCACAUCUGACUUUGUAUGUCGUUAAUGGAUUGAUCCCUGGUCGUUCCGGCGCUUGCCUCUAACGCUGUGAUGUUUUGGAUGUAGGUGGUAGGUAAAAGAGUAGAAGUAUUCUUGUUUCCUAUAAAAACAUAACAUUGCCACGUCGAGUCUGAAGAGAAGUCUGGCCUUGCAUUACUGUUAACAAGCGGACAAAACGCAUUGACGUUUAUGAUCGGGGAGAUUGAUAGCAGACAUCAACCAAAGACGUCAAUUGGACCACAGCAUCGACAAACCCACGCAUGGAUGACCAUGCUACUAUAUAGCCGAUCGAAUUAUUAGAGAGAGCAUUGAAAACGCAAACACUAAGACAAAUCUGCGUCCUAUACGCAAGGGACAAAUUACCCGCAUGGGCAGAAAGUUGUGAUACUUCUCAACACUCGAUACUUCUUCGCUAAGAGACAUCUCACUCUAGUCAAAUACAUAAAACAGGAGGGGUAGAUUAUGGAUCGCAAACUGCUAGCCCAGACACUGUUAAUGCUUCUACUUUUUCUGCUCAUCCAUCUUCCUCAAGGCAAGGCGACUACAGAGCAAGGCCGGAGCUUCAGAGAUUCUGUGGAAGAAACAUUAGAAUCAUUACAAACAUAUGAAGUAACAGUACCAUUCCUAGUUAACGAAAAUGGGCAAUUCAUAUCAUUUGAAGUUGAGACCCAUCUUCCUACUACCUCUCAUGAUGAUAAUAUAUCAGGCCGAGCAAAGCGAUCAACACAGGCUUUCAACGAAACAACCCUUAUAAACCUUAUGUUCAAUCUGAACGAUAAAAUGCUGCAGCUCCAGCUACACAGGGAUGAUAAGAUCGUCGCUCCGUUCGCCACGGUUGAAUGGCCGGAGGGCGACAUCACUGAGGCGAGUCCGAUCAAACGGGGAUGCAUUUAUGAUGGUGAUAUCAAAGAUAUGGACGGUUCACACGCCCUUGUUGAUCUAUGCGGCGGGAUAACAGGUGUGUUGAGCACAAAAGAAGAUGAUUUAUUUAUAAAGCCCCUUCCACAAAUGACCAAUGACCCCAGGCAUCCGCAUGCUGUGUAUAAAGUUCCCGUAAAGAACGUCACGAGGGACCUUAGGAAUGACUUUGUCGAGCUAGAUGAAACAAUCGACCACCAUAGACGACAGAAGCGAAGUAGAAGAGAAGAUCUAAAACGAAGAAUUCUGUAUAUGGAGACAAUAGUUGUGGCAGAUCAAAGUAUUCUAAGAUUCCACGGAAAGGAUGUAUCCGAGUUGUACCUCCUGACCCUCAUGCAUGUGGUGAAUAUGGCUUACAGACAUACUAGUCUUGAGAUUAAGAUCCAACUUGUGGUUACCAGAAUUGUAUACUUAAACACAAAACAGAUGACUGGUCUCGUGGUGAGAGGGAACGCUAUAAAAACUCUAGAUAGAUUCUGCGAAUGGUCCAAUUCAUUGAACAAUAAAGCCGGCCAUGACUUUGCUAUCUAUAUUACCAGAGAGGAAAUAGGUCCAGCUGGGUAUGCCCCAGUGACUGGGAUGUGUAACCAUAAACGGAGUUGUGCAGUGAACCGGGACGAUGGGAUAACCUCUGCAUUUGUGAUUGCACAUGAGAUAGGACAUGUAUUGGGUAUGAAACACGAUGGAGAUACGAAUGAUUGUGACAGUGACCCCACUGACGGGAAGAUCAUGGCGCCAACUGUUCAGUCGACGUAUGAGAAGCAUUACUGGACAAGUUGUAGUAAAGACAGCCUCUGGCACUACAUGGACACAUAUACAUGUCUGUUGGAUGAUCCAUUUGAAGAAGACCAUUUGAAAAAGUGGCCGUCAAUAGACGAACCAUUUGGCACAAACUGGGGGUUGGAGAAGCAAUGUGUUCAGGAGUUUGGAAAAGGCCACACUCUUUGCAAAGUGUUCCCUGACAUGGAUCCAUGUGAAACAUUGUGGUGCAGUGAGGUAAAGAAUAAAUACUUGUGCAAGACAAAACGAGGACCUCCACUCCCAGGAACUGAGUGUGGACCUUACAGGUGGUGUAUGAACAGCGCGUGUGUGCCAAAAUCAGACGUCCUGCAAGAUGGCGCUUGGUCUGAUUGGACCUCGUGGUCCAAGUGCUCUAGAACUUGUGGGAUGGGAGCCAGGUUCAGAAAGAGGCUUUGUGAUAAUCCACCACCAGCAUAUGGUGGGUAUGAAUGCGAGGGAUCACAGGAACAGUUAGAAAUGUGUAACAAACAGGAAUGCCCAGGAGGCAACAAGGAUUAUCGGGCAGAACAAUGCACAUUGUUGAAUGAUCACAAAAUGAUUGGGAAUCGUCUCCACACAUGGUUGCCAUGGCAACACCGAAAUGAGAGUCUUCACUGUCGAUUGACUUGCAUUUCCAUGGAUACUAAUGAUAUCUUGACAACCAGGACAAUGGUUACAGAUGGAACGUUCUGUAACUAUGAUGAUACAAACAUGAGGUGUAUACGAGGUGAAUGCAAGAAAGUUGGCUGUAAUGGUGUGAUUGGGUCUGACAUAGAGAAUGAUCUAUGUGGCACAUGUAAAGGGCAGAAUAAGGACUGUCAGUUGGUCACUGGCACAUAUAACAAGACACCUCGAAAUGGUUAUAGAAAAAUGCUAACUUUACCAAAAGGAGCUGCAAAUAUUGCUAUUAAUGAAACCAAAGGCUGGUACAACUUCAUAGCUCUACAAGACACUGUUGACAAUGAGAUGUUCUACCUGAAUGGUGAUACCAGGCAGAGUUAUUCAAGGCAAUUUGUUGUGUAUGGGACACGGUUCCAGUACCAUAAUAACGAUUACCAGGAAUCUCUUAUUGCUAAAGGGCCUCUCUUAGAACCUCUCAAUCUAAUGAUCUACCCUGUAUUGGAGGAGAAGGUUAAGAUCACAUACUCUUACACUGCACCUAAUGGGGAACUAGAGAAGUCCAACCAGAUACCUGGAACAGAGCCCCGGUUUUCCUGGGAGUUCCACCAUUGGACUAACUGUACAGAAAAAUGUGGAGGUGGGUAUGAACAUUCAGAAUACCAUUGUGUAGAGGAAAAUUCAGGAGAAGUUGCUGACCCAUGGAGAUGUCGGAAAAGCACUAAACCCACAAAGUCACGCCAGUGUAACACAUUUGGCUGCACUAAAUACAGAUGGAAGGCCUCCGAAUAUAAAGAGUGUACAGCAACGUGUGGAAAUGGAUGGCAGUACCGCAGGAUAGACUGCAUAAAGGUGCAAGACAAUAAAGAGAUCAGCUUAUGGCAUGGCUAUUGUAAUCACACAGAGAUACCAGAAUCUGAGAAGACAUGCAAUAUUAUACCAUGCCCUGGCAACUGGCACUGGGAUGACUGGGGAACUUGCUCUAAAUCAUGUGGGACGGGUGUACAGAAGAGACAUGUAUUUUGUGGGCACAGGGCUAAUGAUGAGGAUCAUGAGUAUGUGUGCACUGAUGCCAAACCACCUGAGACUCGACACUGUAGGAGAAAAACCAAAUGUCCCCAAGAUGGAAAUGUGAAAUCAACCAGGAAACCAAGGAGAAGAACUAAAACACCUCAGCCUCAACCAACCACGACUAAACCUAAACCAACAACAACUACAACGCAGAAGCCAACCACAACAACGCAAAAACCAACUACAACAACACAAAAACCAACAACCACAGAGAGUAUUGCCACCACAAAUGCUAGACGAACAACUACACGCGAAUCAGAAGUCAUUAGGUAUAAUGUACCUGCAAAGAAACGAGGUUAUAACAGCUUUCAGAAAGUGCCUCAAAAGAAACCGAAUCGGAAUUACACAAAGAAAACUCCAAAAGAUGCUGGCUGCAAAGACCGCUCAGCCUUAUUUUGUAAAAUAAUGGCAAGUUCAAAAUAUUGCAAAAACUAUUCAAAAAUUUGCUGUGUCACUUGUCAAAAGUUUUUGUAAACUUUGAUACCUAUUACAAUACUGUACUAAAAUUUGGAAAUAUCGAUGUCAGGGGAAUGUGAUGAAUAUUGUUACAGUUUAAUAGCAAAUAUCAGACUGUGGACUAAAUAUUGUGGUUUCUAUACUCCUUCAGCAUGACAGUAGAAUGUAUUUCUUCUUAUCUCUCCAAGUUUACUGCCACAAACAAGAGUUCACAUGAGAUUGAGGAAAGCAAUAAAACAGUACUUAUGUUGCCCUUAUAUUUUAUUAAUGAAGAGUGAAACAUGUUUGCACAUUAUUAAUUCGAAACACAACAAUUCAGAGCGAAAAAGUUCACAAUGGAAUCUUUCCUAAAUUUGUUUUGCCUACUGGGCCAUCCACUUUUUCAUAUACUCUCUUAUGAUAAAUGCCCAUGGUUGAAAUAUUGACUCAUUGUGACUUUGAGGGUGGUAACCUCGACAGUGAUAUGAUAAACAAAAAUUUUAUUCUGUUGUCUCGUGAAAACCAGGGCAAUUUCACAAGAUGAUAUUCCACUAGCUAUCAAGGCUUCAUGGAAUAUCACUUUUGAAA